CGAUACAUUUUAUCGUUUGUACAGUAUAAAAACCAUUACGCCUAUGGCGAGUGCCCAAACGGGUAGUUAACCAGACUUGUGUGUGUGUGUGAGUGUGUGUGCGCGCACGCGUUUAAUGGGUCGGAUAAGUUCUGCUCCACCCUCGCUGACAGUCAGCAGGUACACACUCGCGUUCACGCUCAACUUGAAACUUUUCCAGCGUUCUGCUGCUCGGUUCAACAGCACCGAGGCUUCGGGACAGCGCGAGCGGAUUCUACUCUCGAAGUGACUGGAUUUCUCGACAUGGAUCCGUGGAGAUAUAACCAGAGUCGAACAGGUUUGUGAAUGUGAAGUCUUAGUUCAUUUAGGAACAUGGAAACGAGUGUUCAGAAACGGCUCCCUCCUGAUAGUCUUCUCGAUCGAUCCCGCAAAGUUCUGGUUUUAUUUGGAUAAUACAUACACGUAUAUUUUUUUCCGUCGCAGUUUUUUUUAAAUCUUGGACCGCAAGGGAAACAUUUCCAGGCGUUCUCAGUGGGAUCGUGAUGCGUGUUUGAUCAGAGUGGAAUAUAACUGAGACAUUGUUGCACUGAAGGAUACGCGGAUUCUGCUACAACCUGCUACAUUCUGGAAUGUUUGGAAUCCUUUGAAGUGGACGCGGCGCACCGCACACUAAUGGAGUCAUUAUGACGUCACGUUAUCAAUCACGACGCGCGGGAAUCCACGGGGAACUCUGUGAUAUUAUUGAUCUCACCCUUAGGCGAUCAUAUUAAACUCUUUUUGUGGUUUAAAUCAGUGCUCGCGCCAGCAGGCUGUCCGCUGUCAAUCACUCUGUCAGUCAUGUUCUGUCAGAGACACAGGCCAGUCACCAACUGAAGUUCCUUUAAAUUGUUUAUAAUGUUCUUCUAUUUCAAAUCUCAACCCUGCUGAGCUUAAACAAAGAAACUACCCACUCUAAAAGCCACUGAUUGUUUUGGACAGUUUCAGUGACCUCUAAGGAUUCUCCUGUCGUUUAUCUGAGCUCUGAUUGGACGGAUAGCUUUGUGGAAAGUGCAUAAUGUAUGGCUGGGGCCCGCCACUGCGGCCAGGACAAUGAGGGUCCCUGUGCGGCGACUGGCCGGGCUCUGGCCGUGGCUGCUCAUGGCUGCCUCGCAGGUGGCGUUGGGUCACACGGGCCUGGAACUAGCCGCUGCUGUGGAGUCCGAGCGCUCCACACCCCGAGCCAUGAUCAAGGUGUCACUGCUGAAGCAGGAGCCCACCAGCAGGCCCAUCACCCUAGAAGGGGUGUUCGCCGGGGGCAGCACUGGCUAUGCUGAAGGGAAACUGAUGCAGUCUCACCCCCUGUCUCUGUGUAACACCAGCGAAGAUGACCGCCAGGAGACCAUCUUCAUCAGCAUCGUCAAACUCGAGAGUCCAGAGAGCAAAGUGCCACAGUGCCAGCCGCUGCUGGAUAAAGCUCGUCUGGCCCUUCAGAGAGGCGCUCAGGCCGUCAUCUUUGACAUCACAGAUGAUCCCGGUGCUGCUCAGGAGCUGCGUGAUUCAGGUUCGUUUCCUCGUCCAGUGGUGCUGGUGAAGUCAUCAGAUGCAGAAGAACUGAUGGGACUCGUCAAUAAGAACGAAGAAGCCAUGGUGUUCAUAGAUAUCAUGAUGGAGACUCCAAAAUGGCCUUACUAUGACGUUGGCAUCCUGUUGACUGUGGCUCUGGUUGUGUUGGCCAUCGUCAUGAUCUUUGUUUUACGCUUCCGCUGCAAGUCCAACAGAACCUGGGACUCUGUGCACCAGCAGACCAUGCGUGCCAUCAGCAGGUUGGAAACACGCACAUACAGCUCUCAGGGUUGCUCUGGCUCCCAGCGUUCUCGUGAGACUCCAGGGUCAAAUAGCAGCUCCAAUUCCAGCCCGGUCUGUGCCAUCUGUCUUGAGGAAUUCAUGGAUGGCCAGGAGCUGAGAAUCAUCUCCUGUGCUCAUGAAUUCCAUAAGGAGUGUGUUGACCCCUGGCUCCUACAACAUCGUACCUGCCCACUGUGCAUGCACAACAUCAUGGGUAAACUGCCUCAGGGUUCAGAUCAGGCAUCCCGUCUGUCCCAAAGGAGUCGAAUGCCACCCCCUCCACCAGAGCACAGUCAAGCCUUCCUCCUUCCGCAUAACUAUCCAAACCAACACCCUUAUCAUCGGCAACCUGUUCCCUUUUCCCUGCGCCAUCAUUACCCCCGUAACCCAUCUGGACCUUUACCCCAAUUGGGCCACUUUGGCAACUCACCCCCACUCCGUCCACAGACUUUCCGUUGCAUUCCCAGUGGACCGUUGGGUGCUAGGUGUGCAUAUCACUCGGCUCCAGAUGCCCAUCAGGGACGUGCACAUAGGACAGGUGGGCACGGGUGUCGGACUGGGGGGCAUCACUAUGCAGCCCCCAGAAGGUCGUGUCACCGGUGCCCCGGAGGACCUUCGCGGAAUGCCUCAGGUUCUCGGAUGCAUCACGUGGCAUCAUCCGCAAAUCAUGGAACUCAUCAUCACCUGCCACGUGGGGGAGGCUCGCACAGUCGCCAAGAUGAUGGAAGCUGCUCAGGAGGGAGUUACCAUACCGAGCGGAGCGGUUAUCUUGCAGACGGACCGGCUAGCGAUUCCAGCUCGGGAUCGUGCCAUGGCUCGUCCAGUGACUCUGUUUUGAACUGUACAGACAUCAGCUUGCAGGGUGUUUAUGGCAGCUGGUCUACUUUUCGUAGUUCGCUCAGCAGUGAUUACGACCCAUUUGUCUACUGCGGACCGGGCAAAGCUCCACGCAGAGGGAGCAUGGAGGCCACACAAAGGCCUCGUUCCCUGGACUCUGUAGUGAACCAAACCAGGAUUGGAAGCAUCGGUGAUGCCGGUGUCAUCUGCCCGGAAGAACAGCAGCCGCAGCAACAGAUGGCUGUGUCCAGUCAUGUUCACUUUCAUAGGCAUAGACACCACUUUUAUGAGGACGGGGAGCUCAGUCAAGGGCCCGGCCGAGGUCGUGAGGGGGAUCAAGAGGCCAUGUCCUCAGCUGCGGCAGCAAGUGGGUCUUGUCCCGUAACUAAAGACAAAGACUCCUCCGGGUGUCAGGGACAAAACCAGUCUUGCCAUUGCCCCAAAACAGACCUCAGUUCAAGGAGGGUUAAGGAUAGAGACCCGGACCCUCUUUCCACCUCAGGUGCUUCUGUGAUCCUUCCCUCCCCUCCUUUAACCUCUCCGUCCCCACCCUGUUGCAACAAAGGCCCAAGAUGGACGUCCAGUCGGAAAGCAGCCGGCUGUCCAUUGGAAGCUCCUUCGCCGGUUGUUCACUUCCAUCAAAACUUGGACCUUCAGGAUGAUUGUAGCAUUCAUAUCCACUACGGACAGGGAGCGGGAAGCUACUGCUGCACACCUCCGCCAGACAUGGCCCCCACACUGCUGCCGGUACCUCUAAUCUUGGACUCUUCGGGUAUGACCGACUGGCCGUGCUGUAGUGGGGCACAUGUGGUUUGGCAGAAGCAAGUGCAGCAGUCCCAAUCUGAGCCUCAGCUUCUGGGACCCACUUCUGGAAUGGACAGACCCCUGUGUAGGGCCUAUCAUGGCCCAGGGGACGAACAUCCCAUGGACUGUCCGUACUGCCAAAGUCUACACAAUAGUCAGGGGUCAGAGGAAGAGUCUCGUGUUUGAGAAAACUCUUCAUCCGAAACUCCUCACGCUGCUACACAAGAGCCGAAAUGGACAAAACAGUUCGGCGAUCUCUCGCUGUGUCUUUCACUCACAUUUUGAGUCUUCCGGAUAAUUCCAAACUUUUUCUGCAAAAUCAAACUGGAUUACCAAUAAUCUCCAGACCUCAGAAUUUCGUUCUUACAAAGAAUUGAGCAGUCAUUGAUGAUUAGAUGUUUAUUCCGAAGUACUCUUCAGUAGUAACUCACUGUUGCUAGCACUAGGGCUGUCACUUUUGUGAAAAAAUAAUUUUCGAUUUUUAAGACAUAAGUAUUCAUUGAAUCGAUUGUAAAAUCGAUUUUCCAUGUCUAAAAAAAAAGACGUUUCCUUUUCAACGUCAAAUAACACACGAACGUAAAGAGAGCACUGGAAAUGCACAAGCUAUUUUUCUUAUUUAUUGGCAUGAAGUGUCGUGAAAAAUAACAAACCGCAACAGGAGCACAACAUUCUCAAAAAAAUAUAUGUGCAGAGGGGACGGCUGCCAUAACAUAAGAAAAACAUCACUGCAGGCUUCAACCUGCAAAAAUCUCCAAGAUUAUUUUAAAUAAUGAUUCAAUCCAUUUCAAACAACUGUUCAAAAAAUGAAACUUUAAAUGGACUUGUUUUUUUAUUGAACGUAACCGACAGUUAGGCUAGGCGGCACUAAGCAGGCAUAAUGAAAUGUGCAAAAAGGCUCAGGCCAUUACAUUACAUAUUGGACAGGAAAACAAGUCGAUCAACAUUUUCGGGGUCCAGAGCAGAGCGUUUUUUAUUCACUAUACGUCCAGCUAUUGAGAAGACGCGCUCCGACCGCACUGAUGUCCCAGGGACACUCAGGUUCAGCUGCGCAAGGUGGGGGUAUUACUGCCAGUUUUCCACUACAAAAGCCGGUCGCUGUCAGCUUGCAAUGGUCCUUUUCAUAACUCAGAAUCUCCUGUAACUAGAUGCGCGAAUGAGGCGAAUUCGCGUCUACCAUGUCGUGAGACCGCUAGACGCGUGUAAACGCGUCUUAACAUUGACUUAACAUUUAAAUAAUUCGCAACAAGACGCUCCAUUCGCGUUUGGUGUGAACGCAGAAUAAGAAGUCACUUUCGACGUCACUGGGUCUUAUAGGCGCGUAAAAUUUCUGGUAUUUUCUGUCUAGCUUUCGCAACGCAUACUGCACUUUCGGAAUUCUUUAUUUUGUUUUCUGCUUGUUUGUGAGUUUUGUUACAUCUAUAUUUUUUAUUGUUUAAUUCUUUUCAAAUUAAUAGAGUACAUAUUUGGUUAAAAUAGAUUCCCUAUUUUCAUUUUCGAAACUUUUUUUGAUUGGUCCGAUCGAUUGUGCAAUCGAUUUUCGAACUAAAAGUGACAGCCCUAGCUAGCACCUUUGUAAUGUCCAAAAUAAGUCAUUCUUGGUACUUUAGCCAAUAUGGUCCAAAAGUGACUUUUUUUAAUAGACAAACAAGUUGUAUUAAUUCAGGCAGUUAUCAGAGGAUCUGGAAGAUGCGUAUGAAAUUGAGUAUGCGCUCAAUCUGGCUUUCCUCCUUUCAUUUGGUUUAAAUCAGGAUUCAAUUAGGAUGUUCUCUUGUAAACAAUUUCUAAAUGAUCUUCAUAAAAGUCCUCAAAGAUUUAAACGUUCUUUCAUAUUCCAUUGAGGUUCAGACUUGGCGUAUGUACUCUAUGCAUGUACGUAGACACUUCUAUCUAUACAAGCCUGGUUGUUGUGUUCUGAAAUGUCACAACCAAUCCGUAACACAACAUUGGCGUAAUCUGUCUCAUUCUACAAUAAUUUUUCUCUUCCAUGUUAACUACUAUCCUGGCGGUAUCAUUAUACCUUGAAGACUGAGAUACUGAGCUUGCAAUGCAUCGGCUGUGCAUUUACUUCUGUGUUUGCGUACUUGCAUAAAGUAGCUUUCAUUAGUUGACCGUGCCUACUGGCUAAUUGUUAGCCAUCUAGUCAUUGCGGUGCUACCCACCUCUUCCUUUUUAUUUCUGACUCUUUAACUUUGUGUUGGUCUUCGUUCAAGCUUCUGGCCUGGUUUUCCAGCACUACCUCAGAUAACCAAUCAGAAAAGUCCUAUUAGCGAGACGGUACUUCAAAGGUACUUGUGCGCUGGCCUCUCGUUACCCCUGCCAGAUAUUAACUCAGGCGAUAGGGAGCUUUACUUUAUAUCAUCUGUCCUUGGAAAGGAGCAUUUCAUUGAGGUUUCAGGUCUCGGUUUUGUUAAUUCAAAAAUGGCAGCUGUUAUUUACAAAUGUUGUUGUGUCUACAUUUAUUAAUUUUACUUGUCAAAACUGAAUGAAUUGACUGAAUAUAUUUGGGGAAAGUUGUGAAGAUUUUGUUUUGUUUCAUUAUUUUGGCCUGUUAAACCUUGUGUGUUCGGGCUGAGAAGGACUACAUUUCCCAGAAAUGCUUUGCUUUGCUUUCACCUCUUUGACUCUCAUAUUCCCUUAAAGGGAUUCAACAUUUCAUAGAAACCAACCAGCAUACAAGCUCACCAAAAGUGCCUCUGUAUCCCAUCAAAUGAACACUUCAUGAAGUUUAUACAUACAUUUAUGUAGCCUGCUGUCUUGUUUAUGGCAAUACCAGCCAACACACAUAACUUGAGCUGACUCGAUACGUAUUGCCUGCAAGCAUGGUUAUCUUUACUCUGUUACCCAGAAAUCUCUCGUCAUAUAUUGUAAAAGCCAACCGUUAAAGGAAUGGUCUGGGUUCAAAACAAGCUGAAACAUGUGACAAGCUUCCUUAAGUUGGGAAAAGAUAUCAGAUGCAGUUUUGAACCUGAAACAUGCCUUUAAGUAAAGAAAAUGAAACACUGGAAAUCUUGCCAUGACAAACACCUGGAUGUUUGUUUGCUUUUGUUUGUUUUUUGUCAGUUAAUGGUCAAAUUGGUCAAAGGUCUUGGUCCUUUGAACCACAAACACCUCCCAUGAGUAUUUUUGGCAUGUUGAUUUGCAUCAAAACGAGGCUGAAUCCAAAAUGAAAAAAUGCAUAAGACAAUUUACUAAAUCCCAGUAGGGUUCCCACAACAUUAUGAUCAAUGACUCUUCCAAUUGUUUUUUGGAUUAUUGGAAAAAUUUGGAAAAUAUGUUAAACAUUUUUGAGCACUGCAUAGCAAAAAUAUAUAUAUAUUGACUAUAGAAAUGUCCAUAGCUUAUCCAGAAUUACCUUGUAUUUCCAAUACUUUCUGUGGGAACCCUGUUAAAUUCAGAUACUUGGAUGCAUCUAGACAUUCUUUUGUUCACUUUUUCAUAAACCAAAGAUAAGUAUUAUCCAACAUUUUCAUUGUUGCAGUGAAUUUUGUAAGUCAUUUUAGUAAUCAAGUCCUCAUGAUUUUCUUUUAACUCAAGAUAGUAUGUAAACGCAGCUAUUUCCACCAGAUUAUGGAAGAUUUGCACUUCCAUGUUGGCAUCCGUCUCACGUAAAACUCUCGGCUUAAUCUAGAAAGGAUGCAAACAGCACUUUUCCUUGGGAAAAACAAAAUCUGCAUGUGAUUCAAGAAAGGAACGCAAAGCAAAUCAAUUGAAGCACUAUGUAGCUACUAGUUCUACGUCAAUCAAAGAAAUGUCAGUGAGGAUGAUUUUAUUUUCUCUACAGUUGUAGAUCGUCAGUUAUGUCUGUAUUGUUAUACGCUCUCUUUUCCACAGAGAAUCAAUUAAAACUGCCUUUUUUUAUUAGAGCUAAAUCCCUUCAGAAAUCAAAGGAUAUGCCAGUAUAUGUAUAAUAUUUUGUGUAAAAAAAAAUUAAAAAGAAAGACAAAGCAGUUAUAAGAUAAAAUGUUGUAUUUUAUAUAUAAUAGAACAUUUCAAUAUGGUAAUGUAACUAAUAUAUUUAUUUACUAAUAUAUUUAUCCUUUUUUGUCCAGGUCUGAGAAAAUGUACAAAAAUAAAAUAAAAAAUGUUAUUUUCUCAUUUUUUUGGAAUGAUAUUCUUUGAAAUGUACAGCUGCCAUCAUACAUGUAUAAACCUGGCAUCAUUCCGAUUAUAUACAAAUAAAUUAUUUUGAAAUAAAAAUA